AUGUCAAUUAAAUACUUCACUUUGAACAACGGGAACAAGAUUCCUGCAAUCUCCAUCGUCGGCACAGGUACCCAAUGGUACAAGACAGAUAGAUCCGGGCCAGUGGAUGAGAAGCUUGUUGAGCAGUUGGAGUAUGCGCUUUCUUUACCAGGUGUUGUUCACAUUGAUAUUGCUGAGAAUUAUGGAACCUACAGGGAGCUUGGUCUUGCCUUGAAGAACUCGAAGAAACCCCGUGAAGAGAUCUGGAUCACUGAUAAGUUUUCCAAGAUUUCAAAGACUCCGAGAGAAGCCCUUGAGCAAUCCCUGAAGGUUAUCGGUGUUGAAUAUGUUGAUUUGUACCUAAUUCAUGAUCCAUUCUACGACCAGUCAAACCCAGGUUAUGAUAUCUUACAAGCCUGGAAAUAUCUGGAAGAAUUGUACAAAGAAGGGAAAGCCAAAAACAUUGGUGUCUCCAACUGGCGUGUUGAAGACUUUGAGAAGUUAUUGCCGGUUGCUGAGGUUAAACCAGCUGUGAACCAGAUUGAAUUCUCUGCUUUCUUACAGAAUCAAACUCCAGGCAUUUACGACUAUGCAAAGACUCAUGGGAUUCAAUUGGAGGCUUACUCUCCAUUGGCUCCAUUAUCUACUAGAAAGGGUGAAACUGGACCUUUCUAUGACCUCUUGGAUGAAUUGACAAAGAAGUACAACAAGGAUGCUGGCUCAAUCCUUUUGAACUGGGUUUACAGUGUUGGUGUGUUGCCAGUGACUACAUCGUCCAAAAAAGAAAGAAUUGCUUCAGCUGAUAAGGUAUUUGAAUUUGAAUUGGAUGAUGAGGAUGUGAAGAAAAUCACGAAACUUGGCCAACAACAUGCCACUGUUCGUCAGUACUGGAAGCCACAAUAUGACCAGUACAACUAA